AUGCAAGAUGAUAGCAGCCACAAAGCUACCAGCAAGGCUGGCAAACCUCGUGGCAGCCAUGUGAGGCCAAGUGACAAACCACGUGGAAAGAAGCUGCGUAAGAAGGACAAGCUGGGCUUCAUAGAGUCAGAGUUGGUGGAUGGGGAUGAGGACCAGGUCCAGGUGCUGUACGGUCUGCACCCAGUGCAGCUUGCGCUGGCAGCCGGUCGGCGCACGGUCCACCGCGUGUACCACCGCCAGGAGGCAACGAGCGGCCGGCUGUCACGCCUGUUGGCAGAGUGUGCGGCGCGCGGCGUCGGCACCGUGCCGCUGCCGGUCACCCAGCUGGACACGAUCGCGCGCGGCACGGGUGUGCACCAGGGCGUGUGCGCGCGGGUCGGGCCUCUGCGGCCGCGGCCAGUCUCCGAGUUGCUGACUGAGCUCGGCUACCCGCCGGUGGCGACGGACCCUGACAAGCUGGAGGCGUCGGGAGAGCGAACCGCCCACCGACGGCGGCUGUGGCUGCUGCUGGACCGAGUGCAGGAUCCGAUGAACUUCGGCUCCAUCCUCAGAUCCAGCUACUUCCUGGGCGUCGAUGCGAUCCUCAUCCCCGAUAAGAACAGGUUCUGA